GUUGGACCAGGAAGUGAGCACAGUCGGAGCAAGAAUCCCGAACAAGGCUUAGCGGAAAAGAACGUCUCUACUCGAUCGCUCCAGCAUUUCUACAAACUGACAUUUUAACCUCUGCUUACAAGCUUUCUGGCCUCCCUGCCGGGCAAGGAAGGCGCUUUAGUCAGGAUCUGAUCGUUUCGCAGCACCAGUCAUGUCUUCGCUCUCACAGAGGAGCUCGGGCCUCGUCCAGCGGAGGACCGAGGCCAUUCGCACCGCCGCCGCCGACAGGGAAAGGGAGUCCGGCGUGGAGGAGGAGGAGGCGGCGCGCCGCGGGGAGGAGGAGGAGGACGAAAAGGGGGAUUCAAAGGAGACCAGGCUCACAUUGAUGGAGGAAGUAUUGCUGUUGGGCCUCAAGGAUCGAGAGGGCUAUACGUCUUUCUGGAACGACUGUAUUUCUUCCGGACUUCGUGGGUGUAUGCUGGUCGAGCUGGCUCUCAGAGGGAGGCUACAGCUGGAGCCCUGCGGGGUGAGGAGGAAAAGCCUGCUUUCAAGGAAGGUGAUCUGCAAGUCAGAUGCCCCGACGGGAGAUGUGCUAUUGGACGAGGCCUUGAAGCACAUUAAAGACACCCAGCCUCCAGAGACGGUCCAGAGCUGGAUAGAGCUGCUGAGUGGAGAGACCUGGAAUCCUCUGAAGCUGCACUACCAGCUGAGAAAUGUUAGAGAGCGUCUGGCAAAAAACCUGGUAGAGAAAGGUGUACUGACCACAGAGAAACAGAACUUCCUGCUCUUCGAUAUGACCACACAUCCGCUCACCAACAGCCCCAUUAAACAGCGCCUCGUCAAGAAGGUCCAGGACUCUGUUUUGGAGAAGUGGGUCAACGACCCUCACCGCAUGGACAAGCGGGUCCUGGCUCUAAUCCUCCUGGCCCACUCAUCUGACGUUCUCGAGAAUGCCUUUGCUCCGCUCCAAGACGAGCAGUACGACCUGGGCAUGAAGAGAGUCCACACUUUGCUAGAGCUGGAGCCGGAGAAGGAGAGCACGAAGCCCAGCGCUAAUGAACUAAUGUGGGCUGUUGUGGCGGCGUUUACUAAAUGAAAACAUGUGAUGAGUUGGACUGGAAGAUCUGGCUAUGGUCUGUGUUAUUUAAUUGGUUGAAGGACUUUGCUUAAUGAGACAGACUUCACUGUAAUAAGACAAUCUAUUUUGGUUGGGGAGCCUGUUGUACUGUACAUCUAUUACAGAUGACAUUUUUGGGGGGGUAGACCAUAUUAACCCAGUGCAAUCCGAUUGGUGGUGGGCUUCACAAAGUAACAUUUGGUUGGCUGAAAAAAAGUCUCAGAAUGGAAAAACGACUGGCUGCUUUCACACAGUGAGGUAAGCGAUCCGUUGUUAUGAGGCUGGAAGCAAACUGACGGUACGAGCAGUUGGGUUUCUGUUAAUGUUAGCUCGCAUCAAAGAACAAAGCAGGUAAUGUCAGUGGUCAUGGUGACUAUGAAGAUUUUUGACUGAGGCAAAGUUUCCCUUCUACAACAAUAAUAAACAAAAAGAUUGUCUCUCCAUUGCAAGAUGUGGCCAGAGUCAAAUCCUGGCCAUAGUCAUUCCCUAUGCUUAUGCAAGGAGAAGGUGUGUCGGUCACACAGCCAUUGAUUAUCUUUGCACUCACGCAGGUCUCUUGCUUCCAUCUACUCGUUCCCGCUUGUGUUGGGAUGUCAUGCUUUCGAUUAUUGUUUGAACAUACUACCUGAUUGUUUGACUGACACCCCACCACCACCCCUUUGUCAUUUACUACUUCUCCUUUCUUCCUCAUUGUGUUUUGAGGAGGAGAGAGAGAGGACUAGCAAUUCAGUUAAUUCAUUUCCUUAAUUUUCCUGGGUGACUUGGCUGUCAUUGACAGACCUAAAUGAAGAAUUAAACCCAGAGUUCGCAUAAUGUCUUAGGUCGCUCUUUUUUUCCCCCAGCUCUUUUGCAAGGGUCCAUUCUGUGUUCAUAAAAUGAGAGUAGUCUUCCAUUUGUUUUUUAUUUAUGUUGCUAAACAGUACUUGGACUAGCCUGCCAUUUGUCAACUAUUUUGCACAGUCAGUAGCCCUGUACGUAGGUAGGAUAGUAUUUAUAGGGAUGGAAUUGUGAGUUAUGAACUUUAACAUCCAUGAUAAAGAGAGAAAAAAAAGAAAGAUAUAUUAUUUUGUCUACAAAUGUUGAUCUCUCUAUUCAUGACAAAAUAUUUUAAAAUCAUUCCUUGGACUUAUAGAAAAUCUUAUUUUUAAGUUUGACUCGGUGACGAAACAGUGGUUAUCACACAGGACAGAACAUCCCACACAGGACCCACAGUGAUCGUGAACAGAGCUGGGAUUUCAGGUUAGAAAACAUAAAAGGGUUAAUUCAACCAAAUUAUAUCUCUCUAUAUAUAUCAGUUCACAAAUGUAUAGAUAUAUAUAUCUAUAUCCUUGGGUAACACUAAUGAUAUCAAGCCUUACAGGUAGUUUACAUUAAGGUUAUUAGACACCUUUGUGAUAUCUGCUUUUAUCUUAAUGCAAUGUAAAUGAUUAAAUGGGUUUCCUUUCAAAAAUGCUCCUCAUGACUAAUCCAUAAACUACUUUAAAUGGUUUUCCUUGAAACAACAACGUUCUGUAGAUUAUACCACUAGAUAACAACAGUGGUGCUGUCAGUAAAGAGAACAUAUUUUGUAAUUUGGAUGAACUUGAGUCUUUAAUUUUCUCCUGAUCCUGUAAAACUUAUACACCACUCUCUUUGGAUGUCGCUUCGUAAUUUCUAUAAAAUAGACCAGUGUGGUCCUGUUGUAUUUUAUACAUGCAGACGAUGAGGCCCAGAUGAAUCCCUGCUUAAUGCUGAACAUGUAGUUCAUUGGAACAAUAAGAGGGGAAAAAAAACCUGUUUCAAUAUGAACUCAUGGUUCUAAACAUCGUUCUGGUCUACCUGGUGUGAUAUAUGUUUGAACUUGUAUUACUUAUUGUGUUAUGGCAUACAGUCGACACAGUAGGUGAUGUGCUCUGUGCAGAUGAUGGCAUAGAGACCAUGCAUGCUAUUGGUGGAGGGCUGUAGUUAAAAAAAAAAAAAAAAGGCUUAUAUGUAAUUAUUAGUCAUCUUAUGUGUACGAUCUGAUUGAAUCCAAUGAAAGGGAUCUUCUCUCCUAUCCUCUCCAGUUCUGUAUGCUUUUGUAUUACCACACAAAAUAAAGUAAGGAUUCUUUAAGUGCCUGAAUUUA